AAGUCCAAGAACGUAGCAGCGGAACUCGACGUCAGAGACGAGAACAACGCUGCGCAGCCUGGAUACGUAAAGGCGGGAACCCCUGUCCAGUUCUUCAACGAGGUGCUGUUAUGUUGAACAAGAUGUUGUUGUUGUCGAAAUUUUUGAAACAAAUGCUGUAGCGCUUUUUUGUACAUUAUUCGUCUCAGAAUGAAAAUUUUCCAUUUUGAGACGAAUAUUGCCCAACUGAUCCCGGGGCUUCAUGUGCGUUUUUUGGCUAAAAAACCGCUUUUCUAUGUUCGCUGUUGGCAUGGUGUUACUCCAUACUUACGACCACAGUCCUCUUGGAGGUUUUGUUUAAAACUUCGGUGGAGGUCUCCAUGAUAAAUUGAUCUUCUUUUUUAGUUGUAGGCUUGGUAUUCAAAGCUUCGGAGUACUGAUCUACUUGGCAACCUACCAUGCCAUACCUAACCUUUCGUAAGUUGUGCUAAAAGUAGACAAUCAUGCUGAUGAGCGUCUUUCCAUCCUCUAAGCACCCACAUGAGUUUCGGGAAAGCUAUUGGACAUGUUGCUCACCCCGGCGAAGGCCCAGACGAUGUCAAGGCUAGGCAAGAGCAGGUAUCUGACUUAUGAAGGGCAAACUAUGCAUUAUCUACCUCCUAAAAAGACUUUCGUCCUCCAUGUGAGGUUCAUUUCCCAGCUGCGUCCUAGUAUCUUGAUUCCAACUAGAACUAUGACUAUGUACUAUAAGAAGUUACUUCUUGUUGAUAGAAGCUAGUUGUAAUGCUAGGAGUACAACUUCUUGCCCAGUAAAAGACUCACCUUCGUCAACAUCGUAGUUCUUUUCAUCUCGUGCCAGCGAAGUCAGUCAGCGGCAAGACCGCCGCUUAUACAAGCAUUUGGCGGAUGUGGGGAGGGCAGAGUCAGAGCGCAAGACCGAAAGCGAUGACGAUGAUGACGACGAAACCAAAGAGCAUGAAGGAAAGAAAGGCCCACACGAUUCAACGACGAUGGAAGGAGACUGGCGAGAAAAAUACACGGGAGAAAUUAUGACUUCACAGAGCUGCAGUUGUCUUUGUCUUUCUUGUUCCACUGCGUCCGCGAAGCUACUUAAGCUCACUCUAUUACAAACCUAGUAUAUACUAGGCUUGAGCGCCCGGUAGCACUCCUCCCACUAGGAUCAUCCACCCCCGGCACGCACUUCCUCAAUCCCGGCGCGAUUUCGCUUCCCCGGCCCCUCCCCCGCGCGCCAACCGUCUGGCGGCGUUGAUCGUUGGAACAAGAGCAGGGCGGGGGACGGCGUGCGGCCAUUGAUUGAAAAGGUACAGGCUGAAGCCGUUGGCUUGUCGGUGUGCUCUUCUUUUGGUAGGUUUGGCCUUCUUUGCGUGCAAGUUGCAGCGAUCGAGCUUGCAGCUUGUCGCGGUUCCUCUCCUUGUGAUACAAUCAAAAACUUCGGAUGGGAAUUUUUCGAGUUUCUUUUUUAUAUAUUGGGUAUAGUCAAAUGCUUUGGGCUUCCGGUCUCAGGCUUGAAACUUUGAGACAUUGAGGCGCAGCCUUUAGUCUUAAGCUUUCAGCCUUGGACUUUGGGCCUGGGGCUUUCAGCUUCGCGCUUUCACUUUUGAGCCUUCAACUUCGGGCGUUCACCUUGGGGCUUUCGGCUUUGGGCUCUCAACUUUGAGCUUUCAGCCUUGGGCCUUCGACUUCGGGUCUUCAGCUUUGAGCCGUCUGGUGUGAGCUUUCAGUUUGACACUCUAAGGCCCAGGGCUAACCAAUUCCCGGGCCUUUUUCAAUUUUUUGAGUUUAUUCAAACCGUGAAGGCUUUGGCUUUAUCGCGUAAGGCUUAAAAUUCGCGCCCAUCUGCGUGGAGUCAGGGCUAACCAAUUCCGCGGCAUUUUUUUCAAUUAAUUUUUUGGGUUUAAAUUCCAUAAGUUUUGGCGUUAUCGCGUAGGUGAAGGAUUUAACUUUCGCGCCCAUCUGCGUGAGGUCACUCAGGUCUUCUAACCAAUUCCCAAGCUUCGCAGGCUCAUAGACAUAGUCGUAUGCUUGCAAGUUCAUAAGUUCCUAAGUGCCGCCGGUGGUGAUGAUGAUGAUGAUGAUGCGAGCCCACCGAUCGGGUGGGGCGGGGUGCGUAAGCUCCUAAGUUUAUAGGCGCAGGCAUGUAGUCCCAGAACUUCGGAAGGCUGGGAAAGUUCGGAAUGUUUGGAAAGCUCGGAAAGGUUGGGAGGGUUUGGGAAGUUGGGGCCGCCGGGAAUGGAGUUGGGAAAGCUGGGGAAACUGGGAAAGUUGAGAAAAGUCGAGAAAGUUGAGAAAGCGGGGAAGGUUGGAAAAAAUUGGGAAAAGCUGGGAAAGUUGGGGAAGCUGGGAAAGCAGCGAAAGUUGCGAAAAGGUGGGAAAACUAAGUUGGAAAAGAGUGGGAAAAAGUUGAGAAAACUUGGAAAAGCUUGGGGAGACUUGGGAAACUUGGGAAGCUUGGGGAGCUUGGGAAAGUUUGGAAAGUUCAGGAGUCUGGAAGCUGGGAAAGCUGUGGAAAGUUGGAAAAAGGACGGAGAGCUGAAAAGCUGGGAAAAGUUGGGAAAGUUCUGAAGCUUGGAAGUUCAUGAGUCAGAAAGGGAAGGCUGAGAGCUUGGCAGGGUCGUUGUUGUUUUUUAAUUUAGCUCGUUAAUAUUUCUAUUUCUAUGUCAAUCUCGUCAAAUCUACUUACCACAACUGCUCGACUUUUUCAUAUCUAGAGGAGCCAGCAGAAUAGAAUACGAUGACGAUGAAGUGAGGCCAGAGGUGGGCGCUGAUGUUGCAGAUGAUGAGGAGAAGAGCCUAACCAGAAACAGCAAAGCCAGACUAGAGGAACAGAUAUAUUAAGGGAAAAAAUAUGUAGAUGAAGUUGUACGCUAGUACUUGAAGAUGUCCUUUUUGUAGUGAUCACGAAGCAAAGCUCGCAUGCUUUGGUGCUAGCGGCUACUUCUAGCUUUGAUGUUGAUCAUUAAGUUUAUAGAAACUCGCGCUCGCCCAUGAGAAGAUUAUAUCCUCAUUCCACCAAGCAGCAAUGCUCUUUGUUCCCCUCUUCUAGCUGCAGGGAAAAAUGUUGACUGCUUGUUCACUAAUCUCCCGGUCUUCGCCGCAUUACCUUCGUCGGUGCACAGCAUAUUAGAGGAGGCCGCCAUUUCAGACGUCUUCCGAAACGAGCCUGUGACGAGUGGAAGCAGAUCUUGGAUCACGGCGAAAACAUGGACAGAGAUAGAGAAGGUGUUAUGUUGGACAGAGAUAGAAGAGGUAGAAUCGACUAACAUCAUCAUCAUUGAUGCCGUUAUGGCAUGAUGGAAGCUAUAAAGCAACGUGUUAUAAUAAUGAUGUUGUCGCCUAGAAGUAAGGUAAAACUGAUACAAUGAGGCAAUGAGGCUGAAGCGGACGAUUAUUAUACUUACGAAUGGGCUGAGGGUUGAGAUUGAUACUAGGUUAAUACUGGAGAUAGAUCAUGAAGACUGCAUUUUGUGCAGAGGUGUAAAAGACACGACGAGGUUGUCUCCUCCUCUAACAAUUCAAAUACAACUCCCCGAGAGGUCAUCCGACUGCUAGCCAGCACGAUCUGCGGAUUUUUUGAAAUGCGUCUGGUUUUGUGGGAUUACCAGAGAGGAAUAUUGCCGGAAGUAAUUUUAUGAGGAAUCAAUAAGAACAAUAAGAUUAUACUCGAAAACUGAAAAUAACCGAGUUUUUACUGACUGAAAUAGGGGAGGUAGCUCUGACAAGGCUACUCUUCCUUGUUCAGUAUCUCGCUUAUUGUAAGUAGUUGCUCGCUUAUUUCAGUUUUUCGAAUACUUAAAAACCUCCUAUUCAACAUUGCUCGCUCCUCUUAUCCAAGCCUUCCUCCGAAACCCCCUCUAACGGAAGAAACAUAGUCCCUCUAACGGAUGUUUCUCCCCUCUAACGGAAGACUUCCUGCUACGUCCGGGAAUGGAUCCUCGCCUACGACAAUUCGCAAAACGUAUCCCCUAUUAAGGGUUACCACAUUGCAUCCUUCACUACCAUCCUUGACUUUUUUCCCAGUAGGGAAAGGGUCAGGGAUGAUCUGAAGAAUGCAAUGUCGCAACCUCUAACCCUACGCAAACCUCUUCACCUUAUCCCUCACUCUGGCGAAAAACGAUCUGAUCAAAGCUCUGUGGCGGAAAGCGGUGGGCGAAAGCGUCUGUGAAUUCCCCUCCUUGUAUGCUGUUAUGAUCAAGCUACUUGCUGAGCACAAGUAGAUGUCUGGGUUCUGGUAUUUGGUAACCUGAAUUUGAUCCUAAGGGAAAACAAGAAGAGAACCCUUCAUGUCUGUGUUUAUUCACCUUGUUCUAAAAGAAACAUAAUUAUAUGCUAGCCGCCUUCUUCAAUCAAGAACUCAUCGCCCCUAGUACUGCCACGAGGAGUAGAUGACUAAUGAUCCAACUGAUAGAGCGUCUAAACACCAUGAUGAUGAUGAUUUUUUAGUUGGUUUUUGAUUGUUCAGCGUUUAAUCCUAUGCCGCUAGAAGAUCUCCAACCACCAUCUCCUGGGCGAAUCAUUUAGUUACUCCUGCUACUCAUACUUGUACUCCUGCCAUGAUCACGAACCAAAAACUUCUCGUUCUUUUCCCUCUAACCCUUGUGCCGAAAUGUCAGAUCUAGUUCCCGCUUCUGAAAGGACUACUAUGUUAAGGCUUCCUUCUAGAUUUUAAGGGGAAAAGGGGGCCCAAGAAGAAGAAAGAUGGUGCUGAAGAUGGAUUUUUCUUACAACUUCUAACUAUGCAAGUCUUAGCGGCUGAAAUGGAGUGCCCACGAGGAAAGGAAUUCUACAACAUGCUCAGGACAUCCGUCACAGAUCCUCUGCGUUUCUACGGUUUACUUCUCGCUCCUGGAGAUAGGGAACUGGCGCAGUUUUUUCCGAGGUUAUGACGGGACUCGAAUGAAGUAGGUAGUACUAGAUUGAGACAGGGAACUGGCGCAGUAGUUUUUUCCGAGAUUAAUAUGAUGAGUGGACUUAUAUGAAGUAUCAGAUUCAGAUGCAGGAGCAGGUGCGUCCGAUUGAACAAAGCGCUUCGUUGUAAGUAGCAGGCUUGGCCAAGAACAGCUCUUCUACUAGUAGUACAGACCCACCUGAAUCCCCCUACUAGUAAAGGCACUCAAUAGUCAAUAGAACAUACACAACUGAAUACUUACCAAUGUUUUCUCUAACACUCAUGUUAGCGCAUUGGCCUCAAAAGUAUGCUUACUACCGAAAUAAGUAUAUACAGCUCAUCCUCAUGUUAGCGAAUUGUCCCCAAAAGUAUGAAGGGUUUUUCUAACACCCAUGCUUGCGCAGUGGCCCCAAAAGUAUGCUCAUCGAAUGAAGAGCAUGCCGGUUCUGUUGUGCCAGUUCUUCAGUGACGCAGGGGUCCAAAACAACAAGCAAGUUGUGGGAGGAGGAGCAGCAAGUGCGCCUAUAAUUGGUUUUAUGGAGACUUCGUUCUGGUGAAGGAUCCAUUGAAUGGUUCUGGCAUUUUUGGUAUAGCCUGAAUUUGAUCCUAAGGGAAAACAAGAAGUUCUAAUGCAACAGGUUCCUCCGCUUCCGUCACGACAGGGGACGAGGAUAGCAAUGUAUUUAUAAUAUAUAGAACUUCUACUACUUUUGGGUAGUUCUAAUGCAACCGGUUCCUCCGCAUCCGUCACGACAGGGGACGAGGAUAGCAAUGCAGUUUUGCAAGAAGCGUUGAAUGAGGCAUGGCGCGAUCCAGCUCUAGAACGCUCAGCCAGAGAGAUUUUGGACGUAGAAGCAGACGCUCUAGAGAGUGCCAUCGAAUACCUACGCGCUGAUGGGUGGCAUAACGUCGUCGUGGAUAACUACAUUAUGAUACGCGGCAUGGGUACAUGUUCAUGUAGUACUAACUAGAAGUAUAAGUAGUACAUGUACUAGUACUAGAAGUAUACGCUCAAAGCACUAAAUAGAACAACCGGUUAGUUUUUACCUCUAGCGUGUAGCCCUUCAAAGAAUACAUUAUGAUACGCAUGGGUACAUGUAGUACUAACUAGAAGUAAGUAGAAAGAAGUAGUAGCACAACUAGUAGGACUACUAGUAAGGCUAAUGAUCAUGAUGAUAAACCAUAAAGACGACGAGCUCCUGUGCAGUUCGUACGAGGACUAAUAUAGUUCAUGAUCAUGAUGAUAGAGACGAGCUCUGUGCGUUCGUGUUCGUGGUGCUGGUGUACUAGGUGUGUGCUCCUCUAACCUUUGUUUUCAAGAGAUCUUCAAGUGGCUCCGAAAGCGACACCAACCGAUUGCGCAACCCGGUCACUGGCGAUCAUGGUUCUGUGUCGAUCGCGAUGAGGAUAACUGGCGGGAAUUAGGAGAGCAUCGAGGAGCUUAUGAAAAGGACAUGAUAGCUCUACUAAUUUUAAUAAAUGACACAAAUUUAUUAAAAACUUUAACAAGUAGAGCAGUACGUAGGACUCAUUCUUGUUCUUCUUUUCGUCCUCCCUUUAAGAACAACAUGCAGGCUUUCUUGGAGCGUCCUCGCCGACGCCGAUUCUACACGCUCACUCCUCACACGCAAUUCAAGGAAAUGCAGGAGCAGCUUCAGGUAUAGCACAAUUAUGACAAUUUGUGCUGCAUGUCACUUGAACAAGAUCCCUCUUCGUCCACUAGAAGAAGUAUGUUCAGUGGAUUAUCAAUAUGAAUGAUUGUUCUCCCAUGAUGCAAUGAUCUGUUUCAGUAGUGUAGGUAGCGAGAUGACAACUCCCACGACCUCACAACUCCCAUAGCAGACGAGGAUCAGUUUUCCACACCGAAAUCGUGUACUGACAAUCUGGGAGCACUGUGUGAAGAUACGCGUAAAUGCUGCAACGAGGAACAUCGUUGCGUGCGCGUUAAGGGUGAAAAUGCUCGCUGUGUGGAGCUUUCAGCCUGCGGCGAAAAAAACAAAUUAGGCGACUACGAAGAUUGCUUCGAAUUGACACCGGGUACUAUUACAGAGUAGUUUAUAGCACGCAUGGAGUAGCAUGGAGUGCAUGGAGCGCAGAGCUCUAAGGGGCGCAAGAAGCUCCCCCUUUAGCUCCAUGCUACUCCAUGCGAUCCAUGCACUCCAUGCCAUGCGAGCUGUGAAACCUUAUAAAUUGCUCUGCUAUUACUUUAAUCAUUCAAUAAUUGUCGGCAUCAUGGAAAUGGAAUAGCUGCAGGGUGGAUUUUCCUUCCUUGUCCUUCCUUGCUUACUCUUUCGUUCAUCUCUGUGUCUAAGACUUUACAGAAUUCCCUUUGUCCAACGAAGUCCGGCAAAAUAACUUAAUAGCGGCUGAAGUGAUGAUUGUCAUCUAGUAGAUUGACGUAGACUACGUACUAUGAAGAUCAGGUAAAAGGUUCCAUGACAUGACAUGACAUGACAUGACAUGACAUGACAUGACAUGACAUGACAUGACAUGACAUGACAUGACAUGACAUGACAUCUACGCACUACGUGACAGGUAAAUACUAACAUGACAUUGUCAUCUGCGUACUAGGUAAAUACUAUGAAGAUCAGGUUGUAAAAGCGACAGGUAAAUACUAUGAAGAUCUUCAGGUAAAAGCGCCAAGGGUGAUGCUGAAUCAAGGAAGCAGCAUAAGAUGGCUCUCGUUAUCGAGGACUACGCCGAAUGUGCAGGAUGGCGCAAGUUUCCUGGCUACACUGCAGAAGAGGUCGAUGGUACCCGCCAUCUAAGUCGACACAUGAGUGCAAUCCUGAGUAUUUCUUAAGGCUCAGGAGCUUUCAAUGGUGGUCACCAUUGGUCAUCGGUGUUGUUCCUCAAUGGUCACCACUGAGAUCGAAGAGGCGACCCCUUUUUAAGAGAACCAACAGGGGAAAUAAGCGAAGGGAAAGGGGAGAGCUUUGAAGGGGGUCCCUUCCGUUCAGAGUCAUGAUGAUCAUGGAAGGCUGAGCUUUAAACUUCGACGCACCUGCUGGAUCAAGCGAAGAUGACACCGGACGCAGCGAACGACGGAGCAGUUUUGCUGCACUUGGAACAACAGAGACAAAACUGGGAGAAUUUUAUGAAGAAGAGGUAGAGGACAUCACUGACUUGCUUUAAUUUGAAAAAGUGAAUAAGGAGGUCGUGGACUAGUACCCUCUUGCUCGCUAUACAACUAUACAACAUGAUGGAUCUCCUUCUCCUACUCUUUGUCUUCAAUCACACGACAGUGACAACACCAGCACUGUAUGAAAACUAGAAUGAACAAGGAAACGGGCCCCGCUCUUCUAAGACCCCACCUUCCGGAGCAAGCCAGGAUGAGGAUGGCAUACGUGGAAUGUCUACCUCGUUUCGACAUAGGUGGCAACCUGUGGACCCCAGACAAUUCUACUUCCAGAUGUGGUCACCUGGUGCCUGGCUCACGCGUCGGCUUUUCAGAUCAGCUGAUGAUUUAUGUUGAGCUACCAGAUAAUCUUCCUUCCACCUCGUCACCAUUCUCCGCCUCCUCCUUCCACCUACAACUAGAAUGCUUGUCGUUGUCCGUCCCAUAGAAAAAUUCUUGUUUCCACCCUCCGUACCACUAGAAGGCUUAUAAUUCGUCCCAUAGAAAAAUUCUUGUUUCCACGACCCUAUAACGUAAGUAAGAUCAGCUGAUGACUUAUAUGUUGAGUCACCAUACAAGUGAGACCAGAUAAUCACCCUAGUACAACGUCUAAGUAAGUAUUAUAUAUCAAAACACUUGUGCUUGAAGAUGUUCUUGUUCCCCUUGAAUCCUCUUUGUUUAGUACAACUUCUUCCUUUACAACAACUUCUCUGACUAAUAAGUGUAGCCAUCGAACGUCGUGAGGGUGAAGAUGAGGAAGCGGCGGAAAAUCGAUACGAUGUUGCUUUGCUCUGCAUUUUCUUGUUUUUGCUGAUAUUAUGAACAAACGGACACGCUUGUGGAGGAGGUCAAAAUUUAGGAAAAACUUAUUAGGGGAUCAUAUUAUUGUGGUUCCCUAAAAUAAAACUUUUCCUAAAUAAAUUCGUAUGUGCCUUUAAGCGUCGUGUCCGUUUGUUUCUAAUGAUAGGUGGCAUCCUUUUCCUCAUUCGGCUCUUGCUAGUCGACGCAAGUUCGGACCCGGAGGAAUUGUUCUUAAGAUGGGAGGUUCUCAUAGUUUUGUCGUGUGUCUUACUUAAGUAUUUGAAUUGGACACUUUCCCCUCCUGUAUUAGAUAACCCAAAAUCAGAUAUGUGCUGCUCGUUCUUAGGUUAUUUUUGUUCUAGUACAGGGCUAGCCCUUAAUCUUUGAAUAAGCACCGUCUAGUCGAUGUACAUUAUUUAACCACGCGCACAUCUAACGUUGGCUGCCAGUCUAGAAGAGCAACAACAAAAUCAACAACAAGGAAGUGACGGAGGGGGAGGAGGAGACGGAGGCGAAAGGCAGUUAUGACUUUUCGUAUUUCUUCUGAUAUUAAAGUUUUACUAUCCUAUCCUAGUUGUUACUACAUCCUAUCCUAUCCUAUGUACGAUUGGUAUUAUUUUUUUUUAUUGGCAGUGGCUUCUCCUGUUAAUGUAAAGACUUUUGGUAUUAUUUUUUCGAGUUUUAGAUAUUAAAGUCCAAGUUCGUUGUAGUACUCGAGCACUGGUGAGUUCUCCGCUUCAAAGCAUAUUUUUAAAUAAGUACUCGACAUUGAUCUUCUUAAUCUCAUAAUCAUGUUAAUUUUAAUUGUGUACUUGACCGAUCUUCAACUUAUACAACUUAUACCUACUACAGCUUCUUCUCCGAUCAUCAACUUAUACAACUUACAACUACAGCUUCUUCUAAGUAGUCCUUCCGGCGGUUCGGAUGCAGCUGAGCGAGAGAGUGAGGGGCGUCAGACUAGACCUGACGAGGAGUACAUGCCAGCAACUGCAUCGAUGUCACCUAGGGCACCACGGUUCAUCGUUGAAGGCGACAGCCUUGGUCCUCGAGAACUGCAUGAAGGAGAAGAUGAUCCUCUUCCUGUAGAACAAAGUGCUAAAGCUAAGAGUGGAGUUAAGGCUAAGGGUAGGUUAAAGGUGCUUUUGUUACCGCUUGUUAUGGCUGUCCCCCUUAGGAGAGCCAUAACAAGCGGGGGACAAGCGGGACACACCAAAAAACUACCUCUAAUGGAGGAACAUCAAAAGAGACGACUAGUGGUAGUGGUGAAGCUAGUAGCAGCAGUACACCUAAGGCUGCGCCUGUGAAAAAUGUGAAAGUUGUUGAAACUGGCAGUGGUAGUGGAACUACUACUAAAGUAGGUGCUCCUGCUCCUGCUGGUUCAGCCGCAUCUUCCACGACGACCACAACUGCUACAAAAAAAGCAGCUCCUCCAACGUCUUCUAGUACUACAACAAGUGCAACAACAAAAGCACAUCACGCUGUAAUAUCAAAAGCACCACAUCAGGAGACUAGCAAAGCCGCGUCAGGAACUACAACAGCAUCGGUAUCAGCAGAAGCAACGCACAGUGGUCCGCCUGCAUCACAAAAAGCAAGUAGUGCAGCAACUCAACAUCCGAAGGCAGAAGCAAAAGACCACCAUCCCGCAAAUAAGGCUGGGGCGCCAAAGGGUGGAGGCCCCAAGAGUGCAGGGUUCCUCUACUACAGAGGCCCUGAGGGAGGUGUAUCUGGUGACGAACACGAACUACAAAGAGCAGAAAAAAAUCUAGCUAUGUCGUCGUCACAGUUGGAGCAAGCAAAGGAAGAAUGUGAACAUCUUCAGGUUUUAGAAGGAGGUUUACAUCUGAAGGAGGACAACAUAGGUGGAAGACAACAGGAGGAGGACAUAGAAGCAUUUUUACCUGCAGCUCCUGUGACAGUGGCUCCGCCUCGUUUUGCACCACCAAAACCAGCUGCGCCACCGUCCUCGAGUAGACCAGUAGUUGGGCCACCUGGCAAUUUCGAAAAAAAACAACAGUUUCGACAACAAGUACCAGCUGAGUCUGAAACAGAUACUGAAAAUCAACUACAGAAGAAAAUGCCUUCAUCUGCUUGUAGUACUUCAUCUAGUGAACAUCAAUCUUUAUCUUCUCUCAACAUAGCUAGUGCUAGAGUUGUUCUUGCAGAAGGUACUUCACGUGAUCUAGCUAGAGUUGUUCUUGCAGAAGGUAGUACUCAGGAAGAUCAGGUUGGACCAGAAGAUGGGACAAGAAUAGCCGGAUCAUGGGCGAAACAAGCUAGACAGGAAAGCAGUCAAGGCCAAAGUCAGCCCUCCACUUCUUCCUCUAGUGAUUUUGGUCUCCUGUCGGAGGGGGAACAAGCGGUUGAAGAAGACGAUCUUCACAUUGAUGGGUGCGUUGUUCCAGAAGAAGUGGAGGAGGACGACGCGGCCCAAGUAGAACCAAGUGGAGGGGCAAGAAGUUCUAGGUCUGCUUCAAGUCCGGAAUCUCAUAGCACUAGUGG